UCCCUCAGCCCCGCCCCGUUCCUCUCUCUCACACCUCCGUGUGAAUGAAGCUACUGAGCUGCACUGAGCUACAGACUCUCACACUCAGCGCUGCUCGCUCUCCGUGUGUAUGGCAACUCCUCCUCCCGCAGCCCAUGUGUCCUCCUGGAGCCUGAGCAAAACCUGCCGACCCUCAGUCUGACAUUACAGCGCAGCAGCUGCCUCCCCUCCCUGUGCAGAUCCCCGGGUGACCUCACAACAGUUAGGCGAUUGUUCCCAGGAUCUGCUGCAGCCUGAGACGCUAGCGAGGACUGUCGUGCGCUUCUUCCACUGUGAUGCUUCCCAGUGAGCUGGAGGAGUGAUAAAAUGUCAGUCGGCAUUCAUGAAAACCGAAAGUCAAGGGCCAGCACUGGCUCCAUCAACAUCUACUUGUUCCACAAAUCUUCAUAUGCUGACAGUGUCCUCACGCAUUUGAAUCUACUGCGGAAGCAAUGUCUCUUCACCGAUGUCCUGUUGCUGGCAGGAAACCGGUCUUUCCCCUGCCACCGGGCUGUCCUUGCCGCUUGCAGCCGCUACUUUGAGGCUAUGUUUAGUGGUGGACUGAAAGAAAGCCAAGCCAACGAGGUGAACUUCCACAGCGCUAUUCACCCAGAAGUCCUUGAGCUCCUCUUAGAUUAUGCCUACUCCUCCAGAGUCAUUAUUAAUGAAGAAAAUGCGGAGUCUCUUCUUGAAGCUGGAGAUAUGCUGGAGUUUCAGGAUAUCCGAGAUGCAUGUGCAGAGUUUUUGGAGAAUAACCUUCACCCGACCAACUGUCUGGGCAUGCUGCUCCUCUCAGAUGCCCAUCAGUGCACUAAAUUGUAUGAGUUGUCUUGGAGAAUGUGCCUUAACAACUUCCAGACCAUCUGCAAAACUGAAGACUUUCUUCAGUUACCUAGAGACUUUGUAGUACAGCUAUUAUCCAAUGAAGAACUGGAAACAGAGGAUGAGAGGAUGGUUUAUGAGUCCGCCAUGAACUGGAUUCAUUAUGAUCUCAAUAAGCGACAUUGUUACCUUUCUGAACUGCUACAGACUGUGCGAUUAGCUCUGUUACCAGCAAUUUAUCUCAUGGAGAAUGUUGCAAUGGAAGAGCUUAUAAUCAAACAGAAGAAAAGUAAAGAGCUGGUAGAAGAAGCUAUCCGGUGCAAGUUAAAAAUAUUACAAAAUGAUGGUGUAGUCACAAGUUUGUGUGCCAAGCCUAGAAAAACUGGCCAUGCUUUGUUUCUCUUGGGUGGACAGACUUUCAUGUGUGAUAAACUAUAUCUGGUAGAUCAAAAGGCUAAAGAAAUCAUCCCCAAGGCUGACAUUCCGAGUCCUCGCAAGGAGUUUAGUGCAUGUGCAAUUGGUUGCAAAGUGUACAUCACUGGUGGCAGGGGUUCAGAGAAUGGUGUUUCAAAGGACGUUUGGGUUUAUGAUACACUCCAUGAAGAGUGGUCAAAAGCUGCACCUAUGCUAGUGGCACGGUUUGGGCAUGGCUCUGCUGAACUGAAGCACUGUUUGUACGUAGUAGGAGGUCACACUGCCGCAACAGGUUGUCUUCCUGCAUCUCCAUCUGUCUCCUUAAAACAAGUUGAGCAGUAUGACCCGGUAACCAACAAAUGGACAAUGGUUGCUCCACUGAGAGAAGGGGUGAGCAAUGCUGCCGUGGUUAGUGCAAAGCUCAAGCUUUUUGCUUUUGGAGGAACUAGUGUAAGCCAUGACAAGUUGCCCAAAGUUCAGUGCUAUGACCCCUCUGAAAACCGUUGGUCUGUGCCAGCUACUUGCCCUCAGCCUUGGCGCUACACAGCUGCUGCAGUACUGGGAACACAGAUAUUCAUCAUGGGGGGUGACACCGAAUUCUCUGCCUGCUCCGCUUACAAAUUCAACAGUGAAACUUACCAGUGGACUAAGGCAGGGGAUGUGACUGCUAAACGAAUGAGCUGUCAUGCAGUGGCAUCUGGUAAUAAACUUUUUGUAGUUGGAGGCUAUUUUGGGAUCCAGAGAUGCAAAACACUGGACUGCUAUGACCCCACACUUGAUGUAUGGAACAGUAUCACGACUGUACCUUAUUCGCUUAUUCCAACGGCAUUUGUCAGCACAUGGAAACAUUUUCCUUCUUAAAGCACUAUACUGUCAUGACACAGGACCUCAGCUGUGAAGACUGGAGGAGAGCUAAUAGACGAAGACAGCAAUGACUUUCUUGCUUGAAAGAGCUUGGUUGCAUCUUAGUAGAAGGAACUGCUGACCCCUCUGGCAUGAAUGUUUAUUGCCUCCACGGUCAUAAAGGAACUUUUCAUUUGUAAUAUUGCCUUGUACGUGCUAAAUAUCAGUGUUAACCCUGUUGGAGACUGCAAGUAAGGACAGUGUUAUGCAACAGCAUGCUCUCAUUUUCAUGGGAUUUGUCACCCCCAAACAAGAACUUCUUUGCAAAGCACAGAAGCUUUGGGACCCAAAUGAGUCAUGUGGGGAAAAUAGUCAGCCAAUUCCACAAAAACUAAUUUCCGGCUAUUGGGUAUGCUAGCAGGCACCGAACAGCUGAAGUGUCACAUUGAGUAUGGAAUUGGCAUCAUACAGCUUAAUACAAGACUGCUCCAAUGGGGCCGUACCUCUGCUUACUGAAGGGGUCUCCUGCUAACAUCUACAGGAUGGAAUAAACUCUUACAUUGCAUUUUGGAAAAACCGCAUCCGGCUCUCCUCAAUUGUGGAAGAUGAACCUGUGAAGAACUAUUGGAUGUCUUACUCCCGGAACACAAGCCCAUUUUGUUUUCCCUGAUAAAACUUGGACUGACUUUCCUUCAUUACAUUC